AUGACGUUAGCAUUACUUCACGUAUUCAUUAUACUUUCUAUCAGAGAUUAUGAAGCAAGUCGAAGUACUAAUAAAUACGGUAGUACAAACAUAAUCGGCUAUGAGCAAAUUUGCAACUGUGUUUCAGCUACAUCAGACGUCUGCAUGCAAUACUCGUGUACAUUAUCAGCACAACGAGCAAGCUGCUUUUCCGGUUCUAGUAUAAUCACACUUGCUGAUGGUACCACUAAACCUCUAUCUCACAUUCAAAUCGGUGAUAAAGUACUUGUCAAUCAACAUAAUAUCUAUGAACCCAUUUUAUCAUUCAUUCAUGCAAAAUCAGAUGGUCUCUUUAGUUUCUUAGCAAUUCAAAUACAAUCAACCAAAUCAAAUUUAUCUUCAACAAUAUUUGUUUCUCCAAAUCAUUUAGUUUUUGACUUUGAUUCAGGUAAAGCAUUGUUUGCUGGGAAAUUUCAUGUUGGCGAUCGAGUUCAGUUUAUUGAUAAUAAUGAAAUUGUACCUGGUGAAAUUGUAAAUAUUGAAUCAAGAAAACAAGAAGGAUACUAUGCACCAUUAACAUCAUCAGGUACAAUUGUUGUUAAUGGAGUUGUUGCUUCAAAUUAUGCAACAGUAAGUAAUCAUGAAUUAGCUCAUCAAGUGAUGGGAAUAUAUCGAUGGUGGAUUGGUUUAUUUGGAGG